AUGUACCGCAAUGGUACCCCCCGAGUCCCGCCGGCUGCAAUACCAGCAUGCCAGAUCAAAGAGCCAGAGGGUCUACCCCUCUCCUCCCGAAUCCAGAUCCACCGUCUACCGCAUCCAACGACCUGUCGCGAUUCCUCGCCCCCGAGCCACUACAUCAGCGAUUCAGCAUUCAGCAUUGCAGCCGCCGUCGGCACGAUUCCGCCCACGUCCAUUAGUACAAUACUAUGGGCGGGAGGUAAAGUGUGCGAGUCAACGGGACUGCACCACAAACAGCAGGAUAUACCCGACCGACCGGCGUAUUCGAGCGCGUCAUUACUCGCUCCUUGGUGGAAAUUGGAAAUUGGAAUUGGGAAAUCCGGUAAAAAAAUCCGGCCAGUACCUCCGGUGGGCAACACGCCGACCAGGCGCCCGUUGCGGAUGGUGCAGCUAAAAGGCUCAGACACGGGAGCACCUUUUCAAGGACUACCACGAAUGGAAGACCAGCAGAAAAUUCCGUGGAAAAAGGUCCGGAUGCAAAUGAGGAGAUGCAAAGAUCAAUUCCAGAUCCGGAACCUCUUCACAGACGAGCGCUGGAUUCUCCAGUUCCUCUCUUCCACUGCUGUGGAAAGAUGGAUGCCUGCGACCGACGAGGAAGAUAUAGAGAGCCAGGUCUCCGAGUGGGAGCUCAAGGAGCGGGAAUAA